GCUUGGCAGAAUCAGAUUGUGCGCGAAUUCCAACUUGGUGUGGUGGGGCGUGGUGCGUUUCUGCUCUCUUCCAAAGUCCGCUGCUCGCAAUGGUCUGCCGUACCUCAUGUUAUCGGGACUAGAUUUUCAGUGAUUGUUACCCUCGUAUUCUCAAAUCUUCCUGUCUCCGAUCUGUAUGAAAGUCGUGGACAGUCUGUCUGUUAGGGGUAACUAAAUUGACUCGGACCGGACCGCUUCGAGGCCGGGUUUUCGUGACUCCGAGAACAUGUCCGUGACCGGGUUGUGUUGCCUGUUGGUGCUGGGUCUGGCGACGCCUAGCGCCAGGGCAGCAUUCGGUGAUGUGAACCUCCACGGAAAAGAUGACUUGUUCGAAAAGAUGGGGCAGGCAAGGGUUGAAAAGUUCGAAAUUGAAAACGGUCAAGUUUCCCUGGACGUUCUAUUGGAGAACACGCAGGGCCAGGAUGAGGUCUGGGUCCUUGACUUCCAAGAUUUUCACCACAGCAAUAACAAGUCUCUUCAGCCUGUGGUGAGGACGGAUGGGGGUAAACUGGUCGCAGAGCACACAGGGACCUGCUCCAGUGUCUUUACCACAGUACCGUAUCACUCUGCAAAUGGUUUCUACAAUGACGGCUUUAUUCCUGUCCCACCUGGGAACAAAUCGCUGUUCAACACCUUUCAGUCGAAUGCGACACUUAUCCAGAAGGGAGACAUGCAGGUCAGGGAGGACCGUCUUCAGUUUGAUGGCUCGAUAGACACCAUGUUUGAUUGCAAGACUAGUGAUGAUAUGACCAUCUGGCAGAAACAGGUCACGCCUGAAACCAUUGAGUUCAACACAACACUCUACAUGACCAACGUGCGACCCCAAGGCACCAGUUCCAACCCGGAGCCGGCCUAUGUUCAGAGUUAUGCAAUCUUAUACUGGCGUCUGUUGCGUGUUGCACUGUCAAGGUUCUUGAUUAGCUCAACGGAGAGACUCAGGCCUAUCUUUGAGUAUGCCAUCGUGAGGCCUGUCUAUCUGAAUGAUGAUGAGCAAUAUGGAUUUGACAGGGAGCGUGCAGAGGUUGAGAUUGCAUUUCGUACCCUGACCAAUCACCCAAACGGCAGCCUGAUAUCCGUCUACAGGGUGAAUAGUCUGACCUACGACCCUGCAGAUCUCCUCGGCAACAACAAGAUUGGUCAUAUCAGAAUGAUACCCACCAGAGGUUGUGACUUGCCCCUCGGUGUGGAGGAUGGUACCAUCGCGGACAAUCAGAUGACCUCCUCAUCUGUCUGGUUGAGUAGUGCGGAGUACAGCGCCUCCAAGGGGCGACUAAAUGCUCAACCCAUUGACGCUUUCUCGGCUGGUGCCUGGUUGGCUGCCGAUGCCAAUCUCAAUCAGUGGAUACAGGUGGAUUUGCUUACCCUCAAGUGGGUGUCUGGGGUACUGACUCAAGGUUACAUUCUGGAGGCAAUUGUUAUGUGGGUAACAAGGUACAGCGUGUCCUACAGCACCGAGGCUGCUGGUGGCUUGACUACUCUCGUUAACGGAUCUGGUGUGCCAGUCAUAUUUGAAGGCAACUUUGACAGUCAGACCAUCGUGUCCAAUUACUUUGACGAGCCCGUUUUGGCCCGAAGGAUCCGCAUCUUGCCACAGGAAUGGGCUGACGGCAUAGCCAUGCGAAUUGAGCUGCUUGGAUGUGACGCUCAUACUGAAUGCCACACGGACGUCAAUGGAACAGACUACCGAGGAACAGUUUCUGUCACCGAGUCUGGUGAGACCUGCCAGCGCUGGUCAGCUCAAGAACACCACACCCAUUCCUUUACCCCAGAGGACUACGCCGAUUACGGCAUUGGCGACCACAACUUUUGCCGGAAUCCAAACAACUCCACGCAACCGUGGUGCUACACACUCGAUCCCAACGUGCCCACUGGAUUGUGCGAUGUUGGCGCAGCGCAAGCGUCCUGCACCCCUAACGUGGCAGCAAAUGAGCCCAGUCAAUUCUACGCCAAUUAUGCGCCCUACUGCAACUUGACAGAGUGGGAGAACUACUGUACGCAGCGUUGGGUGUUCACAUUGGUUCUGGAGGUUGACAUUACAGGAGCAACCAACAGGAUGCCUAUUGAUGCUACAGGCGAGUUUACAUUCGAGUUCGACACGUAUGACUGUCCCAACAACGACCGCUCCAAUUGUCGACGAUUGGAAAUUCCGGAGGCCAUCGUGUCCCAUGAGAUCACCUUGCAGACUACGGUGGAAGUUGUGGAUGACACAAAGGAUAGUCCCAGGAUUUACUUGAAGAAAGUGCAUGCAUCGGACCCAUCCAUUGACAUCAGGGAUGGCGUCCAACCUGGUGUUUCUCAUCUUGAGCCGGUUACCGUGGAUACGCAUUUUUUCCCACUUUUUCUGCGAGACAAGCUGGAGAUGGAAUUGACGCUGUUCGUGGUGUGCGUCGGCAAUGAAUACAACUCGGGCGACGGUUGCCUGACUGCACCACCAGAGAGUUCCUACACAGCGUAUGUCUCACCAAAUUUCUACUACCGUUUGUACACCACCCCAUCCCAGUACACAGACCUCUAUGCUGAUGACAUCGCCACUUCUUCUCAAACUCUAGAUUCGCACACUUACAUCCAUGCCAGUGAAAUCCACCGCACGAUCUUCACCAACAAGGCUCUGUCUGCCACAUCCAGGGAGUAUACCAUCUCUUGCGUCUUCAGGCUGGUGGAGCGGACUGCCCGACGGAAAAGAGACAUCCUCCGGCGAGACGUGGAAGACAAGAUCGAUGAGCCCAUUAUCGUACACCAGACAGUUCUCUUCAAAGGCUGUCCGUUAAACUCCGUCCACGACCCGAAGAACCGUGCAUGCAUUUGCAACGACGAAGGGGAGGAGUAUUCGAGUGAAACCUUCAAGUGUGUGCAGUCAAGCCCCCGCAUCUUAAAUGAGGAAACAAGACCAGUGGACAAUGCAGGGAGUCCAGGAGAAAGCAGUGAUCCAGGCGGCAAGUCAGACAGCGGCCAUGAUGGCAACGGGUCCAUGUCCCUCCAUUUGCCUACAUUCAUGCUACAAACCCUAAUCUGCAUCUUCAUACUGAGAUCCGUUUUGAUCUAAGUGUUUUCAACGACCAGAAACUCCAAAAAAGGAAUUGUGCCCAAAAUAACUUAGCGAGAUGGUCAUUUCACCCUGCUUAUAGUUCACCUACAUUUUGCAUGUUAUGCUAAAUUCUGUAUACACUUAAAACAAAAAGAGUUUAGUAAUUAGGUAUACUAAUGCAUUUGUAACACCAUCGACCACAAAAUGUUUUAAGUUGGUAUUAGGCGAUCAAGGUAAUUUAAAUACUGGUCUCAUUUUCACUGAAUUUCUUCCUUCUUUUGGCUCAAACUUGUGAACGUUUUCAUUUGUUUACUUCAUAGGAAGCGUUUCUCAAAUAUUGCUAAAUUAUUUUGGGCACUUUUGAGGAAUGGAAAUUUGGCGAGCUACACAAUAGAUUGCCACAGCAAUAUGAUUUGAAAAAUCUAUUUAUUCAAAAAGAAAUAUUUAUAUUAAGAUGUAUUUAUUGAGAAGCAGUUCUAUAUUACAUGUUUCUUUGUUACUUUUGUAUUGCGAUCAAAAUUUUGUAGUAAGCGGACAGCAAUAGCCAUAGUUUAUAUAUCUCUAUUUUCCACUUAUGUUGCACUUUUGAUGUUUGAAAGCAUGGAAAAAAAUGCCAAAAAUAUAUAUUUAAAAAAAGUACUGUAAAUGGUUUGCAGCGGUAUGUUUUCUCUUGUAUUUUGGAUGUGAAAUAUAAAAAACUGCAUUUUCUA